AUGCCAACCCCGAGCGACAACAACCCGACUUCGAUCGCCGAGGUGAUCUCCACCCGCACUUGUCCCCCGGAACUCGAUCGAAUUUCGGCCUGGGAAGACGAGUCAGAUGAGCUAGACACGCGCGAUGGCUUGGAGGAUGUGCUCUCACCUGCCAGUGUCUCUGCGCCGUCAGUACUGAGUCGCUCCGACGAUGGCACGGCUCUGUUGGCGACCGACCCGCUGAGAGUGGAGAGGAAGAUAGCCACUGCGGAGGAAGAGACUGGACCCCCCAGAUCUACUUCGCCGAUGGAGUCGUGCUCUCGUAGCCAGUCGCCCGUCACGCCGCCCAACUCGUCACUACUGCGUUAUGAAUUUUCAAGCGUUAGGAUGUUGCCAAACCAUUCCUCGUCAUUUCUCCGCUCCGGAAGUCGAUUCGUCGGAACUCAGCAGUCGGAUCGACAAGUAUAUAACGUUGACGUGGAGAUCAAGCACGUGGACAUGGCCGAAUCCUAUUUGUGUGGCUACCUGCGCAUCCAGGGCCUUACUGAGGACCAUCCUACUCUAACGACAUUCUUUGAAGGCGAAAUAAUUGGCACCAAACACACCUUUCAAACUCGGAAUGAAGAAUGGGGUGCCAACGAAAAGACAGACAUACAUCACUGGUCCCGGUUUCCGGCCUGGAAACCGCUUGCCAAACAGGCGAAGCGAACUGACUUCACGUACCGUAACUUUGCACAGCGGGAGCACGUGUUUAUGAGGUGGAAGGAGUAUUUCCUUGUUCCUGACCACCGCGUACGAACUAUCUCCGGUGCUAGUUUUGAAGGCUUCUACUAUAUUUGUUUCAAUCAGAUAGAGGGAUCCGUCAGCGGUGUCUAUUUCCAUGCUAAGAGCGAACGGUUUCAACAACUUGAACUCAAGCACGUCGAGGAUCAUGGAUGUGCGCCAGCAGUCGAGUUCCGCUAG